AUGACCGACGAAUUGAAGCAUUGGGAAUCUGAGGCAGUCUCACUCAGAAGAAUCGCCUUCUUCGGAGUGGCCCUAUCCACCGUGGCCACGCUGACCUGCAUUAUCUCCGUACCAAUGCUGUACAACUACAUGCAGCACAUGCAGUCGGUCAUGCAAAACGAGGUAGACUUCUGCAAGUCCCGUUCGGGAAACAUCUGGAGGGAAGUGACCCGCACGCAAGUGAGUUCAGUUGUUUAUUAUCCUUCAAAACUGUGA